GAGCCGCAGCAAGUCUUAAGCUUAGUCUCAAGUACCCCUCUCUCUUUCUCUCUCACCCUCCAUACUCCUUGAUCUUAUAAAUGGCUACGAUCAAACAAACCGGGUUCACCAAACCACCGGUGACUCUGCCGAGCAGGGCCUACGUGACCUUCUUGGCCGGCACUGGCGACUACGUGAAAGGCGUGGUCGGCUUGGCCAAGGGAUUAAGGAAGGCCAAAUCAGUGUAUCCGUUGGUGGUUGCGUGUUUGCCGGACGUACCCGAGGAGCAUCGGGAGAUUCUGAACUCACAGGGCUGCAUAGUCCGAGUGAUCGAGCCCGUUUACCCUCCCCCAAGCCAGACCCAGUUUUCCAUGGCGUAUUACGUAAUCAACUACUCUAAGCUCCGUAUUUGGGAGUUUGUGGAGUACAGUAAGAUGAUAUACUUGGACGGCGACAUUCAAGUGUUUGAGAACAUCGACCACCUCUUUGAUCUUCCGGACGGGUUUUUCUAUGCAGUGAUGGAUUGCUUCUGCGAGAAAACAUGGAGUCACACUCCACAAUACACUGUCGGUUACUGCCAACAAUGCCCGGACAAGGUGAAGUGGCCGGCGGAGAUGGGUCUCCCACCGCCUCUCUACUUCAAUGCUGGAAUGUUCGUUUAUGAGCCCAGUCUCUCCACCUAUGAAGAUCUCUUGACCUCUGUCCAAACUACUCCUCCAACCCCCUUCGCAGAGCAGGACUUUCUGAACAUGUACUUCAGGGACAUUUACAAGCCAAUUCCAAUGGGUUACAAUCUUGUGCUUGCGAAUCUUUGGAGGCACCCGGAGAAUGUUGAGCUUGAUGAAGUGAAGGUUGUGCACUACUGUGCGGACGGAUCAAAGCCGUGGAGGUAUACUGGGAAAGAAGCGAAUAUGCAGAGAGAGGACAUUAAGAUGUUGGUCCAGAAAUGGUGGGACAUUUAUGAUGAUGAGUCUCUGGACUACAAGGAGCCGGCGGAUGGGGAACCUGAGGCGGUGAAUAUGGAGCCGUUCAUUGCUGCUCUGUCCGAGGGUGGGGCGGCUGUCGAAUAUGUGACGGCUCCAUCUGCUGCUUGAUUGACAGAGGUUUUGGUCACUCUUGAUGGAAAGAGGACGCAUGAUGACUACUAAUUGAAGCAUAAGUUGAAAUAAUACUUAGAAUAUUCUCUCUAAUAGAAUUGUCUUUGUGAAUAAAAAGACAAUUGGGUCCAUUUAGAGAAGGAACCAUAAUAAGCUUCUAUGUUUCUUUUUUUUUCUUUCUUUCUUUUGGGUUUUUUUCCCCCUUGAUAUAGUGAGGCCUAAAUAUAUAUACAUAUGUAUGUAUGUUGGUGUACGUGUGUUAAUGAAGGGUGGCAUUAUAAACGACUACUGUUCAUGCACUAAGAUGCUAUUCUAUUAUAUAUUGUAGAUUCCUCCUGUGGAGAGGUUUAAUGAAAUGAAAAUUGAUAUUA